CUAUUGCGCACCCAUUUGGAAUUUGGCAAUUAUAAUUUCAUUUCCUCUCUCAACUUUUUCUUCUCAACAAAACAAAAACAUGAGCUCCGACACGACGUCGUAUUGGUGCUACAGCUGCACCCGCUUCGUUCACAUCCAGGAACACAACGAUGUCGUUUGUCCCCGCUGCCAGGGCGGUUUCGUCGAGAAGGUCCAGGCCGGCCACUCGCCGGCAGUCUCCCUCAUCGCUGACGGCGCCACCAGAAGGCAGGGGUUCCGCCGCCGACGCCGCAACGCCGGGACGCACUCGCCGUUCAACCCGGUGAUCGUGCUCCGGGGGCCGGGGGAGGACGAGGAGAGCAGUUUUGAGUUGUACUACGACGGCGACGAUGGCGCGGGUCUCCGGCCGCUGCCCUCGACGAUGUCGGAGUUUUUGCUCGGAUCGGGAUUCGAUCGGUUGCUGGAGCAGGUUUCGCAGAUCGAGAUCAACGGCUUCGGGAGGUCGGAGAAUCCGCCGGCGUCCAAGGCGGCGAUAGAGUCAAUGCCGACGGUGCAAAUCGCUGAGUCUCAGGUCGUGACAGAGACGCACUGUGCUGUUUGCAAAGAGGCCUUCGAGCUGGGCGCGCUGGCGCGUGAGAUGCCGUGCAAGCACCUCUACCACUCCGAUUGCAUUCUCCCGUGGCUCUCGAUGCGAAACUCGUGCCCGGUGUGCCGCCACGAGUUGCCCUCGGAGCAGUCAUCAUCUGAGAGCAGAGUUGCGGGCCAGAUCGAGGAGGAAGCAGUAGGUUUGACCAUCUGGAGACUGCCUGGCGGCGGAUUCGCUGUGGGUAGGUUCGCCGGUGAGAGCCACUUGCCGGUGGUGUACACGGAGAUGGAGAGUGGUGGGAAUUCGAGCGAAGGUUCCAGGAGAAUCUCUCUGUCAGUUGGAAGCGGGAGAGUCAGGGAAAGUCGCGGUGGAUUUGGCAGAAUAUUCCGCAAUUGGUUUGGGAGAAUUGGGGCUUUGACCAGAAGCCGUAGCCUUUCAACCUCGCUCUUCAGUAGAAGAAGAAGUAGCAGUAGCACGAGAACAUCAUGGGUUUUGGAAGAUUGAUUUGGGUGGAGUUGCAUUUUGGAAGCAAGUUUUCAAAUUUCAGUUUGAGAAUUGAGAUUCUUACUGUAAAUAGGCAUAGAAAUGGGUACAACUACGUAGUUAGAAGUCUCUUUGCAAUAGAUGUGUACCCUGUUUGUUUUAUUCUUUCUCCAGAAAUCAUCACCGAAGGGGACUCCAGAGAAAGAUUGUUCUUGCUGCAGAACACACCAUUGGGGAAGAAGCCAUGCUAAAUUACUUGAUUUGUUUAAUGUUCAUACGUUUUCGUCGCAUAUUCUUUGUAAGCAUUGUUUUUAGUUCAAUUCCGUAUGUUUUCCCAAUCUCAAGUGUGAAAUUCAGCAGAAUGAUUAUUAUUAAUUGAUAUAAGCCUUAGUGGUCUGAGUUAUUCCAAAUGCAGCAGAAUGAUUCAUUUUA